AUGGUGCGGCAACUUAUUGGCACUUGGGGAAAGCUCGAGCAAAUGACCACUGGGACGCUGCCUACCAAAAGCAUGACUAGAAGCUUUUAUCUACAGCUACUGAACAACCAUGAGAGAAUGAAUUGGAAAUGCUUAAUGUUCCAUAAUGCUGCCCGACCCAAAUCUGUGUUUAUUUUGUGGCUCUGUCUUCAUGGAAAAUUGUUGACAAUUGAUAGACUACUCAGCUGGGGACUGAGCUUUGAUCCAGUGUGUGGGCUAUGUAAAACGUACAAUGAAGACAGUGAACACCUGUUCGUCAAGUGCGCAUAUGCACAGCAACUCUGGAGCAGAGUUCUGACGUGGUUACAGCAACCACCGACCAGUGCGCAAACAUGGCUGCAGCACCUGGAAUGGCUGAUCAACCGAGGGAAAGGUAAGUCAGAGCAAGCUAGAUUAUUUCGUAUGGUGUGUGCUGAAGUGACGAACUCAGUAUGGACCGAAAGGAAUGCGAGGAUUUUUGAACAGCGAAGCCGUGAAGUGGAGAGGGUUGCCCGCGAAAUAGCCUACAUAUGCAAUGUACGAGCUACUCCAAGCCUCCAAUCUCUUAUGCAGAGCUACACAUUCUGA